AAAGACAGCGUGCUCGUAACUUCAAGUGGUGGAGCAGUAAAGAGUGCCGGCCAUGACAGUGACGUACACGGCCGAGGUAGCCACAUCCAAGGGUUUCGGAUGCUUCUGGAGGUUGCUUCUCAGGUGGCGGGGCAGUAUAUACAAGCUAGUGUGGCCGGACCUAUGCGUCUAUUUGAUCGCCUACUACGUGCUCAAUCUUCUCUACAGGUUUGCGCUCAGCGAUGACAACAAAUUGUUCUUCGAACAAGUGUGCGUCUACUGCGGCAACUUUGCCGACUUGAUUCCGGUGUCGUUCGUGCUCGGGUUCUACGUGUCGGUGGUGGUCAAGCGCUGGUGGGACUGCUUCACCGCCAUCCCGUGGCCCGACUCGCUAGCCUUCUUCGUCAGCACCUUCUUGCAUGGACAGGACGAACGUGGUCGGCUGAUGCGUCGCACCAUCAUGCGCUACGCCAACCUGUCUUCCAUCAUCACCCUGCGCUGCAUCAGCCCACCCGUCAAGAAGCGCUUCCCGACACUGGACCACCUCGUCGACGCUGGGCUGUUGCUUGGCAACGAGCGGGAGGUGUUCGAGCAGCUGAAGACAAACCACUCGACGUACUGGAUGCCUCUGGUGUGGGCUUCAAGCAUCGCUUCGCGGGCACGAAAGGAGGGACGCAUAAGGGACGACUUCGCGCUGAAGACAGUCGUCGAUGAGAUCGCCCGCUAUCGAAGUAACUGUGGCAGCUUGUUCAACUACGACUGGAUCAGCAUACCCCUCGUAUACACUCAGGUGACGACACUGGCGGUGUACACGUUCUUCCUGGCGACGUUGUUCGGAAGUCAGUGCCUCAACCCGGAGGCCGGUUAUAAGGGACACGAGAUCGACCUGUACGUGCCCAUAUUCAACUUCCUACGGUUCUCCUUCUACAUGGGCUGGCUCAAGGUAGCGGAAACUCUAGUGAAUCCUUUCGGCGAAGAUGAUGACGACUUCGAGAUGAACUACGUUAUCGACAGAAACGUUCAGGUGUCGUACCUCGUGGUGGACGAGAUGCACCAGAACCACCCGGAGCUGCUCAAAGAUCAAUACUGGAACGAAGUGCUCGCACCGGAACUGCCUUACACGCUGGCGUCGAGCAGAUUCUACUGCUUUCCUCACCAGGGUUCCACCGCGUGUAUGAUAAUUCCACCUGGACAGGCAAGCGUGGUGUCCCGGGAAAAGCUGGCGGGGACGCCCCAAAGAAUUGAGAAGCAUCAGGGGCCCGAGGAUGGCGAUAGCCGUUCUACGCUACGUGGCCGUCCCGUUCCGAAACCCGGUGCUGCAUCUCGUCGUGGCAGCUCGACCUGGCGAUGGCCGGCUGCGCCUAGCUGGGCUGGAAGGCUGGGCAGGCUUGUCGGUAGGAGGGACUCGACCACCACACGGGCCUCCGAGGUGACCUCCAUGCGAAGUGACGAAGACAGCGUUCGAAGGACCAACAGGAGGCCACCCUUCUCCCCAGAAACAGGCUCAGUCAACAGCCGGGCAUCGACGGCGCCCGCUUCGCCUCGGCCCUUGUCCGCUGAGCAGGACGAGGACAUAUUUCGUUUGUCGGACCUAUUCUUGGCUGGCUCUCGGGCCCAGUCAUCACCAGCAGAGGCUUCCUGUAGGGCAUCACGAGAGGGUUCAGCCAUUGGAGUUAGUCCUGGUGUGAACGAGGCGCAUGACUUGUCGAGUGGCAACGAGGGAAAUAUAGCUAGAUCCUCAUCCACUGAACCAUCUACUGUGCUCUACAUGGACGCCGGUUCAUCGGCUGACGAAGUGGCGGGGCACAGCGAUCUGGAAGAAGAUCCGCAGACUCCUUUUAUGGAGACACCACUAAAUGACAACGCUAUUCGCCUACCGUCCAGCCUCCCGUCGAAGUCAUUGUCCAAGGCGCUGCCCAUUCCGUCCUCCGGCCCAAAGAGGCCUCACGAUCAUGUCGCGUACGCUACCGCGCACACCAGAAGAGACUAUGUUAGAUCGGGCGGCACCAGGCAAUCAGCCUCCGUGACCACACGUCAAUACCCGGCGAUGCACAGAAACUCAAGAGAAGGCUUAGUCAGUCUUCGGCCAAACAGCCCGCCACCGUGUUUGCCAGAGAGCGGGAACAAUACAGACAGGACUAUCGUGUCGUUGGCAGUGACGUUUAACACGUAAUUGCCUGUUUGUUCUUGCAAACUGAGGUCUUCAUUGGUGACAGCUUUCACAGCGAACGGCAGCUGUCACGUUGAUGAAGGGUCCAUCUUGUUCUAAGUUUAUCUAAGUCAGAAAUAAGAAGGUCUAAGUUUGAUCCUGACGGCAUUCUUCUUUAUUGCGAGGAUAGGUUGUCCACUAAAAGGCUGAUGCUAUAUUUGCAACACCGUAUAUCUACAUUUGACUCACGGUGUAAAGACAACGUCGGUGCGACCAAGCAUCAGCAAAGGCGUUAUCUAUGGCGUUCAGAGAAGGAGGUUCAUGCCUACCCCGUCCCCCUGGGACGCAUGCCUCGGCAUCCCAAAUUAGCAGCUGCGCUAGUGCUCAGGGCAUGUGGAGCGAUGCUGCAACGAUCCUUGCGCAGACUUUUAAUUCGGGAUAACAAACAACGUGAAAUACUCAUUUUGGGUUCAUCACUUCAGCCACACAGUUAGCGUGACAAAUCAGCAACUCUGUUACGUGCCUCUGCGUUGUUUAUCCACUGCACUUGAUUUGGGUGGCUAUUCCCGCUUUCCUGGUCGUUGCUCGUUGCCAGCUGUCGAUGCGGAGCUACGAUCGUCAAAUCUUGUCUUUUAGAUUUUGUCGUUCGAACAUUUAGAUUCAGCCACAGAAUAACAUCUCCCGUAAGAAAGUGCUUGUGCAGAUAAGGUUGGCAAGCUGUAGGCGAGGUCCAAGAGAGGCGCUACCUUAACAAAUAAAAAAGGAACUUUGCGUACGUUUGUUCCUCAUUACUAUGUGUAUGCUUUCUCACGUUGCAGGUAGUUCGUCCAUAAAACUGUGAGCGUGGGAUCAAGGGCAGCGUGUGAGGACGAACCACACAACACGAACAUCAUAAUCUUAAAUGCGCCAUGGCGUGAGAUUGACGUGAUAAUCGAUUUCGCGUGCACAUUUUGUGCAUUUUUGCAUACUUAGAUGAUGUAACCAGAGCACAUGUUUGUAAGAGUUCGUGUUUUGUGGUUCUCUUUCAUAUACAAAUCACCAACUACCUACUCAAACACCUGGCAUCACAUUUGCGGUGUAUCUUUUAGCAUUGUGCAGGCAUGUAGAUGGCACCAGUAGAUCAUUGAAAUAUUUUACUGGAGGGGCACAUAUUGUGUCUCGAUAUCGCGGUCGUCUAAAACUGCUCGUAAAUUAGGGGGUGUUACAACUGGUAGCAGUAAUGAACCCAAGUGGAGCAAUGAUUAGCUGCAACUUAAUCCCCUCCCCCUCCCUAAACAGAUACUACGUCGUGGGUCGUUAUGUAAUUUUUCAUGGGCUUGACCCUAAAUCAUCACGCUCAGCCUGAUUACGCCCCAGUAUGGCGAAUGUUUCGCCAACCUGUCCGGUGAUGUGCAUGCAAGAUGCGGCCAAGUUAUUCCUGCAAACUUCUCAAUAUCACCAGACCAUUUCACUUUUUGCCAAUUCCUGCCACGCUCGUCAGUCGGUGAUGAGGGAAAACCUUCGUUCAGUUCGCUUUCCAUUUCACGUUUUUUUUUGGUUGUCCUUUAUUAACAUGGCGCCGCCCACCGGGGGUACCCUGCCCCAGUUAAUUUGUUUUUCUUGAAUUCGAUUAAUAUGUCAUUUACCCGCAUUUGUUCUGUAACGCACUGUGGUCUUGUCUCAUCCCUUAGCGUAGUACCUAUCACCUUACUUGCUAUAGUUCACAGAGCCGUUCUCAGUUUAAAUCUAGGGCAUGUUUUUAUGUGUUGUUCUUGCGUCAGAACGAGAAAGUUUAGGGCACGACAUUACAGAAUCUCCAGCUUUUCGCAGUCAGUCAUACCAUCCCCAAGAAGGAAAACAUUUAGAGUUUAUUAAAAGCAAAUUAACUGACACUCCGAACUGCAUACUGAAUUCUUAGGGAAUAGCAAAUUAGGGUUUAGGGAAUAACAAGGCUCAUUGGAACAUUUUAAUUUAGAUAAAAUGGUAGGUGUCUACUUUUAAGUAGACACCGAAUCGGUACUAUGGCUGAGGACUCUCUUUAUUGUCGAGGCUGUGAUUUACACACAGAGAAGUGCUAAUGAUUGUGAUGUGUUGGUGCAGAUAAAACGCAUGCAUAGGCCGAUGUUCUGGUCUUUGCGUUGCGUCUUGUAUAGUUGGCCAAAACUUUAACUAUUGUGCGCAGCGGCCACUCUUUUGUCUGUCAGCGCCAUAUUAUGGAGCGAAGUUACAUGAAAAUGCUUCGCGAGUAUGUGCUUAGCGAGUAUGUGCUUCAUGAGCAUAAACUUGUUCUUGAUUCAACUAAAACUUGAUUCAGUCGUAUGGCAAGAAUACACAGACAACGAUUGCCACUCAUGCACGAUAGGUAAAGAUUUGCCCGACUGCACACUUGUUUCAGGUGCGUAGACAAAGGAAAUAUGCUUACGCGCAAUGUCGGCCAACACACCUACUCGAAGAAAGUCAAGCAUAUUCGAAUGAAGGCAUAUGAAAGUCAUCAAGAAGCAAUAUCACCUAAAUACUAAGAAUGCUAAUCUCGGGGCAAAGUCUUACCUCCUUGGUGAAAUUCGUGUAAACUAGAUGUGUAUCGAAUAAUAGCUGUUGUCCCGAAACGAAGCUUGCUUACGGUGACUGUGAUAGAGAGAGUUUGCAGUGUUGAAUCACAAGACAACCAAGUGCUUGUUCUUGUAUGAGUACGCCACAGUGACACGUUGCGAUAAUAAAAGUGAUUCUAAUUC